AUGGCGCAGGUGAGCGGCGCGCGGCAGGUGAGGCUGCCGCGGACGGGGCGGACGGAGCGCCGCCCGCUGCACCGGCCUCCCUGCAGCCUCGGCGGGCCGGGAGCCCCGCGCAGGACCCCCCACCGCCCCCAGCCCCGCGCAGCUGCGCGGGGCUGGGGGCGGUGGGGGGUCCUGCGCGGGGCUCCCGGCCCGCCGAGGCUGCAGGGAGGCCGCUGGAAAGCCGGCUUGCGGGGAGGGCAGCGCGGCUCAGCCCCCGAGGGGUUUCGGAGCCCCCCUCGCAGCCCCGGGGGUCCUGCGGAGCGCCAGCGAGUGGCCUUCGAGGACGUGGCUGUCUAUUUCUCCCCGGAGGAGUGGGCCGAGCUGGCAGAAUGGCAGAAGGAGCUGUACCAGGCCGUCAUGAUGGAGAACUACCAGGCGAUCCUUUCUCUGGGGCAUGAGUCUGUCAAGCCCGAGAUCAUCCACAGGAUCGAGCAGGGGGAGGAGGUGUGCAUCGGAGAGUGCUGGAAGCCCUGCGAGUGGAGGUCUCCGAGCCAGUGGCUGGGAGAUGAGAUUCGGAUAGUGGAUGAGGUGGCAGGGGAAGGGGCAGGCACCUUCCUGCGAAUCCCAGGCCGGCACAAGAGGAAGUGGAAGAAGAAGAACCACUCGGCAGGAACGGAGAAGCCAGUGACCCGGGCAACGAACGCCCCUGCCAAGACGGAGGCUGAGUCUCUGCCCCGGGUGACGCUGAAGAUGAACCCGCCCAAGUGCCCGGAGUGCGGCAAGAGCUUCUUCAGCAACGUGGCCAUGUCCAUCCACAUCCGGAAGCACACGGGGGAGCGCCCCUUCAAGUGCCACCUGUGCCCCAAGGGCUUCCCCUCCAGGGGGGACCUGAAGCGCCACCUCAGGCGGCACCUGCACCAGGACCCCCCUGCCGCUGCUGGCAAGAGCCCUGCCCCCAAGGGCAAGAAGAGCCUGGCUGCCGAGCAGCAGCUGUUGCGUCACCUGCGGUGCGCCCCUGGCCCCAAGAAGCCCCACACUUGCGCCCAGUGCGGGAAGAGCUUCAACAAGAAGGCGAGCUUGCGGAAACACGAGGGGACGCACUCGGCCGAGCGGCCCUUCUCCUGCCUGGAGUGCGGGCGCUGCUUCCGCCUCAAGCAGAUCCUGGUGGCCCACAUGCAGUCCCACAACAAAGAGCGGCCCUUUGCCUGCACCCAGUGCGGGAAAUGCUUCUCCCAGGAGCGCAGCGUGAGGAUUCACCAGCGGGUCCACACGGGCGAGAAGCCCUUCUCGUGCAUGGCCUGCGGGAAGAGCUUCGGCUACAAGCAGCCCCUCCUCAAGCACCUGCGGCUGCACACCGGGGAGCGGCCCUUCUCCUGCGCCGAGUGCGGGAAGACCUUCCGGGACAAGGCGACGCUGGUCAUCCACAACCGGAUGCACACUGGGGAGCGCCCCUACCGCUGCGCCUUCUGCGGCAAGACCUGCCGGCAGAAGCAGCACCUCAACAGCCACCUGCGCGUCCACCGUGGGGAGAGGCUGCCCACCGAGGGCGGCACAGGCCUCGCCCUGCAGGAGGAGAAGCCCUAUGAGUGCCCCACCUGUGAGAAGCGGUUCCGAGACAGGGAGAUCAUGCUGGUCCACCAGAAGACCCAUGAGGAAGAGCAGCCACCGAGGUGCGGCCCCCUCCUCAGUGGACCCGUCCCGUCUCAGGGAGAAGCCAGAUCUGCUGGCAAAGGAGCGGGCACGAGCCGGAAGCGCCCUGCCGGUAUCCCACCAACCUCUCUGAGUGCGAAGGCGUCCGUGGUGUGCCCUGACUGUGGCAGCAUCUUCACACACCAGAGGUAUCUCACCCUGCACCAGAGGAGCCACAGGUGA